AUGUCACCCGGGGAAUCUUCGGAACCACUGUCUCUUCCCGAAGACGUCAUCGUGGACAUCAUAGCACGUGUACCAAGAUUCGACUAUCCAACACUCUCCCUCGUUUCUAAGCACUUCCGGUCACUUGUUACGUCGCCUAAGCUAUACGCGAGUCGAUCCUUGUUGGGCUUCACCGAACACUGUCUCUAUGUUGUACUCUAUAAUCACUUUGAUAAUUCGAAUUCCCGGUGGUAUAUUCUCUGCCGCAAACCAGACGGCAACCUUCGCUUAGUCCUUAUCUCGUCGCUUCCCCCUUUGCAUGGCAAUGGGAGCUUUGUCGCGGUGGGUUCAAUGAUAUAUGUGUUUGACAAUACGACAUCAAGUGCCUCAAGUAUCGAUUGUAAAUCUCACACGGUGCAAAAGCUCCAUAAUAUGCCUAUACACAUGGUUCAUACAGUCGCUGGCCUCAUUGAUGGGAAAAUAUACGUAAGUGGAUAUUGUAAUCGUGCUUCGAAAAAUGUCAUGGUGGUGUUCAAUACAGAAACAAAAAUGUGGGAGCCAGAGAUAAAGCCAAUUGCAAACAAGGAGACAUGCAAAAGGUGGACGCGUAAUUGUGUGGUGAUGGCUGGUAAGAUUUACACGAAAGAUCCUUUUAAUAGCUUUGUUUACGACCCACAAAAGAGUAAAUGGGAAACUGACGAUAUGCUGAAUUCUAAGAAGUGGAAGAACGCGUGUGUGGUCGAUGACGUAUUGUACUAUCACGAUUGUCAUGUGAACAGUUUAAGAACGUAUGAUCCAAAGCAGAGGUGUUGGGGAGUGGUUGAAGGUGUGGAAGAGUUAAUGUGGUAUGGGACGAGAUAUUCAGUGUGGUCAGAGACUGUGAGUUACGGUGGGAAAUUGGCUUUGUUUUAUCCUAGAGAAGGUAGAAAAAACGAGAUUUGGUUUCAAUUCAAAAAUAAAGAAAAAGAGAUUUCGAAUAUUUGGUGUGCGGAGAUUUCGCUGGAGAAAAGACAAGGAGGAGAGAUUUGGGGUAAAGUUGAGUGGUUUGGUCAUGUUAUGGAUCGUGGAAAGUUUUCCAUAGCAGAAUCUCUAGCUGUUAUGGUUUGA